CCGGGUCAGCCCGCCGCGUGCCUCAGAGCUGCGCUGGGCCUCCCUCGGGCCUCCUCUGCUGCGGGCCUCGGGGACGCGGGGCCAGGCCCCAAGGUGGCCGUGCUGCUGACGGUGGGCACGGUCCCCCUUGUCCCCACCAGGCACCAUGGACUGGAAGACGCUCCAGGGCCUCCUGAGUGGCGUGAACAAGUACUCCACAGCAUUUGGGCGCAUCUGGCUGUCGGUGGUAUUCGUCUUCCGGGUGCUGGUGUACGUGGUGGCCGCAGAGCGCGUCUGGGGUGACGAGCAGAAGGACUUUGACUGCAACACCAAGCAGCCCGGCUGCACCAACGUGUGCUAUGACUACUUCUUUCCCAUCUCCAACAUCCGCCUGUGGGCCCUGCAGCUCAUCUUCGUCACCUGCCCCUCGCUGCUGGUCAUCCUGCACGUCGCGUACCGGGAGGAGCGGGAGCGGCGCCACCGCCAGAAGCACGGGGACCAGUGUGCCAAGCUGUACAGCAACACCGGCAAGAAGCACGGGGGCCUGUGGUGGACCUACCUGUUCAGCCUCAUCUUCAAGCUCAUCAUCGAGUUCCUCUUCCUGUACGUGCUGCACACGCUCUGGCAUGGCUUCGGCAUGCCGCGCCUGGUGCAGUGUGUCAGCGUGUCGCCCUGCCCCAACACCGUGGACUGCUACAUCGCUCGGCCCACCGAGAAGAAGGUCUUCACCUACUUCAUGGUGGGCGCCUCCGCCGUCUGCAUCGUACUCACCAUCUGUGAGAUCUGCUACCUCAUCUUCCACAGGAUCCUGCGAGGCCUGCACAAGGACAAACCCACAAGGAGCCUCCCAUCCUCCAGCAGCCGGGCCUCCACCUGCCGCUGCCACCACAAGUUGGUGGAGGCCGGAGAGCUGGGUCCCAACCCAGACGAUGACACGCUGCAGGCUUCAGCACCCAAACUGACCCCCGUCUGACCACGUCUGGGGGGCGGGGUGAGAGGGGCUGCAUGGUGAAGAGGUCCUGUAGGUGCUGGGAACUCCCACUUUGAACUCACCAAGCUCUCCAGUUUCAUUUGGGGCAGUUAUUUUUGCUGCUGGGUACUGUGCUGUCCACCUGGAUGUAGCUCACACUGCACACCCCCACGGAGGAGGCAGACAUUUAAACAAGCAAAUGAACCUAAUAUAAGCAUGCAGGGCUCCUUCGUGACCCCUAAGGGGACAGUCAAGCCAGGCUUCCCUAAGGGAAUAGCACUAGAGGGGUGAGGCAUGCUUCCCCAGAGGAGAGAUGGUGGCCUGGGUGCCGCCAGAGGAGAGAUGUUUGCCCCAGGCUGGGUGCACCAGGCUCCACAGGUGGGAAGGUCUCCUCCAGCACCGGAAGUCUGCAGGGGGUGUGGGAAGAGGCAACAGUUCUAGACACCCAGGGACCCUCCUCCCUCGGCAGCAGCCCCCUGCCCCUAAACCUUCCUCCAGCCUCAGUCGGCGGUGCUCUUGUCUUCCUCCCUCCCCAGGUGUUCAGCCUGGUGCCCUCUGUCCCCAGGAACUCAGGUGGAUGUGCCAGUAGGAACACCUGCAAGGCAGCUCCUUGAAAUCAAUAAAGCUGUAUUUUAUACA